AUGCAGCGGGACAUCGCCGACUCCCACGCCGGUGCCAAGGGGGCAUCUAGCAACGACAUCACUAAUGACACAGUACACGGAUCAAACGGCUGCCAUAGCGACGACUCGAACGAAGAGGUGCUUGACAUAGUGGUGGUAGGAGCCGGGUUUGCAGGCUGCUAUCUUCUCUACAAACUCCGACAGCGCGGAUUCAAAGUCAAGAUCGUGGAUGCCGCGUCAGAUCUCGGGGGCAUCUGGUACUGGAACACGUAUCCCGGUGCACGAGUCGACAGCCAAUAUCCGAUAUAUGCACUCUCAUUGCCCGAAGUGUACGAGGACUGGAACUGGAGCUCCCACUAUCCAGACCACGUCGAGCUGAGACAGUACUUCGCUCACGUCGACAAGAAAUUGCAGAUCAAGAAGGAUACGGUUUUCAACUCCAAGGUCCUCUCCGCCGACUUUGACGAAAGCCGAAACCAAUGGCUUCUGGCCUGUGACACGGGCAGGAAGUUUCGAGCUACGCAUUUCAUCGCCUCACUCGGGUUCGCCGCUAAGCGGUAUUUCGGGGACUGGGAAGGUCUCGACUCGUUCAAGGGGGUGAUCCAUCACAGCUCGUUCUGGCCCCAUGAAGGCGUCGACGUCAAGGGUAAGAGGUGUGCAGUCAUCGGCACGGGAGCGACCGGAGUGCAGAUCACGCAGGAGUGGGCCAAAGAAAUCGGCAACGAGGGCGACUUGAAAAUGUUCCAGCGGACCCCCAAUCUCGCGUGUCCUAUGAGACAGGUCUUUCUCACGCCGGAAGAACAGGCAAACGACAAGAAGAACUACCCCGAGCUGUUCAACCAGAGAUGGGUGAAUUACAAUGGAUUUCUGUAUCAGUUCCGGGCAGAAAUGAUGUUCGACGCGACGCCUGAGGAGCGGCGGGAGAUGUUUGAAAUGUUGUGGAAGAUGGGCGGAUUUCGCUUUCUCAUGAACAACUACUACGACAUGACGCGAGAACUGCAGGCGAACCGCGAAGCGUACAAUUUCUGGCGCGACAAGGUUCGAGAACGAGUGCAGGACCCUGCCAAGGCAGAACUCCUGGCGCCAUGGGAUCCACCGCAUCCAUUCGGGGCGAAACGACUGUCCCUGGAGCAGGACUUCUACGACCACUUCAACAAGGCCAACGUGCACGUGGUGGACAUGAAGAGCAACCCGAUCGAGCGGUUCGAAGCGGACGGAAUCCGGCAGGCCGACGGGACGUUCCACGCGCUCGACGUGAUCGCGCUCGCGACCGGGUUCGACUCCAUCACCGGCGGCAUCAAAGACAUUGCGAUCCGCGGGCUGGGCGGCGCCCUGCUGACGGAGAAGUGGAAGACGGGCACGUGGGCGUAUCUGGGCCUCACGACGUCUGGGUUUCCGAAUUUCUGGUUCACGUAUGGGCCGCACGCGCCCACCGCGUUCAGCAACGGGCCUUCCUGCGUCGAGUUGCAGGGCGACUGGCUCGUCGACCUGUUCACCGCAAUGCGUGACAAUGGCCACACCCGCGCGGAUGCCGACCUCGACGCCGAGAACGACUGGCGUGCCUUGGUCAAGGAACUCAGUCUCAAGGGCGUCAGGGGCCAUACGGAUUCGUGGUACAAUGGCGCCAAUAUCCCUGGAAAGCCACGCGAACCGUUGAAUUAUGCCGGUGGUAUUCCCAUGUAUAUCAAGACCCUCGAGGAGUGUAAGAGAGACGGCUAUAGAAGGUUUGCGAUGUCGUAA